CCGGACCCCCGCAUCCUCCCCGCGCGCCGCGGCCGGUCCUUGUCCUCGUCCUCCCCGCGGGCCUCGCCGGGCCAUGGGCUCCCGCAGCGGAUGCCUCCUCUCCCUCCUCUCCCUCCUCUUCCUCCUCCUCCUGCGCUCCCGCGUCGCCCUGGGGACCAGGAGCGGCCCAGAUGUAGAUGAGUGCGUGGAGGGCACCGACAACUGCCACAUUGAUGCCAUCUGCCAGAACACACCCCGGGCCUACCGAUGUCUCUGCAAGUCUGGGUACAGCGGGGAUGGCAAGCACUGUCGAGACGUGGACGAGUGUGAACGGGAUGACAACGCGGGCUGCGUGCACGACUGCGUCAACAUCCCUGGCAACUAUCGCUGCACCUGCUACGAUGGCUUCCGCCUGGCGCACGAUGGGCACAACUGCCUGGAUGUGGACGAGUGUGCGGAGGGCAAUGGAGGCUGCCAGCAGAGCUGUGUGAAUGUCAUGGGCAGCUACGAGUGUCGCUGUCGAGACGGUUUCUUCCUCAGUGACAACCAGCACACUUGCAUCCAGCGCCCUGAAGAAGGCAUGAACUGCAUGAACAAGAACCACGGGUGUGCCCACAUCUGCCGCGAGACCCCCAAAGGCAGCAUCGCCUGCGAGUGCCGGCCUGGCUUCGAGCUCACCCGGAACCAGCGGGAUUGUAAACUGACGUGCAACUAUGGCAAUGGCGGCUGCCAGCACACGUGUGACGAUACGGAUCAGGGGCCCAAGUGUGGCUGCCACGUCCGGUUUGCUCUCCACACCGAUGGAAAGACAUGCAUCGGGGAGCGGAGGCUCGAGCAGCACGGGCCCCCCCAGGCGGUGUCCAACGAGACGUGCGCCAUCAACAACGGGGGCUGUGACAGCAAGUGUCACGACGCUGCCACGGGGGUCCAUUGCAGCUGCCCCGUGGGCUUCAUGUUGCAACCCGACAGGAAAACCUGCAAAGACAUUGAUGAGUGUCGCCAGAACAACGGCGGCUGUGACCACAUCUGCCGCAACACGGUGGGUAGCUUCGAGUGCGGCUGCAGGAAAGGCUACAAGCUGCUCAUCAACGAGAGGAGCUGCCAAGACAUUGACGAAUGCUCCUUUGACCGCACGUGUGACCACGUCUGCGUCAACACCCCUGGAAGCUUCCAGUGCCUGUGCCACCAGGGCUACUUGCUCUACGGCCUCACCCACUGCGGGGAUGUGGAUGAGUGCAGUAUGAACCGUGGCGGCUGCCGCUUCGGCUGCCUCAACGCCCCCGGGAGCUUCCAGUGCACCUGCCCCCCCGGCUGCCACCUGCGCUGGAAUGGGAAGGACUGUACCGAGCUGGUGAAGUGCCCAGGUGCCCCUGGGCCCACCAGAGCCACGCUCAGCUGCAGCCGGACAGGCAAAAAGGACACCUGUGCCCUGAACUGCCCCUCCCGUUCCCGCUUCGUGUCAGAAACCGAGCAUAGCUACACAGUGAGCUGCGGGACCCCCAGUCCCCGAGCAUCCCCAGCACCCUCCGCCAGAGGUAACAGCAGCAGCAGCGGUGGCGGAAACGGCAAUCCACAGCACUGUGCCGAGCCGGCGGUUCUGCCUGUCAGACAGCGGGCCUCCUUCAAGAUCAAGGAUGCCAAGUGCCAGCUGCAUCCACGCGGCAGGGGCAAGCAGGAUGAAGCGGGCCGAGCCCAUGAGCAAGGGGGGGCUCCCGGCUCCGACUGCCACGUUACCUUCAUCCAUCUUAAGUGUGACACGUCCCGGAAGGGGCGAGGGGGGGGGGCGGCGCACCGGACCCUCCCCGGCAAGGAGGUGACUCGCCUGACCCUGGAAUUGGAGGCUGAGGUCAAAGCGGAGGAGGUCACAGCGGGCUGCGGACUGCCCUGUCUGCGGCAGCGACUGGAGCGCAGGCUGAAGGGGGUGUUGAAGACGCUCCGCAAGUCGGCCACCCAGGACCGCUUCCUGCUGCGCCUCGCCGGCCUGGACUAUGAGGUGGCUCACAGGCUGGGCACGGCCAGGGAGCGGGCCGAAGCCUGUGGGCCUGGGCAGCAUCGUGUGGGGAGCAAGUGUGUCAGCUGCCCGCAGGGAACCUAUUCCCACGGCCCGACGGGGCAGUGUGCGCCCUGCCCGCCGGGCACCUUCCAGGAGAAGGAGGGGCAGCUAUCCUGCGACCUGUGCCCCGGGAGUGAUGCCCAUGGUCCCCCAGGGGCCACCAACAUGACCGCCUGCACAGGUCAGUGCCCUCCCGGGCAGCAUUCAGCAGAUGGGUUCAGACCAUGCCAGCCGUGCCCCCGGGGCACUUACCAACCUGAGGCAGGACGGGUGUUCUGCUUCCCCUGCGGCGGGGGCCUCGCCACCCGGCACGAGGGAGCGGUAUCCUUCCAGGACUGUGACACGAAAGUCCAGUGCUCACCCGGUCACUACUACAACACGAGCAUCCACCGCUGUAUCCGCUGCCCCCUGGGCACCUACCAGCCUGAUUUCCGCCAGAACUUCUGCACCCGCUGCCCGGGGGGCACCAGCACUGACUUCGAUGGCUCCACCAGCGUGGCCCAGUGCAAGAAUCGCCAAUGUGGAGGGCAGCUGGGCGAAUUCACCGGCUACAUUGAGUCACCCAACUACCCCGGCCAGUAUCCCGCUGGCAUUGAGUGCGUCUGGAGCAUCCACCCGCCGCCCAAGCGUAGGAUCCUCGUCGUGGUGCCCGAGAUCUUCCUCCCACCCGAGGAUGAGUGCGGCGACGUGCUCGUCAUGCGCAAGAACUCCUCCCCGUCCUCAAUCACCACCUACGAGACCUGUCAGACCUACGAGCGCCCCAUCGCCUUCACGGCCCGCUCCCGCAAACUCUGGAUCAACUUCAAAACCAGCGAGGCCAACAGUGCCCGCGGCUUCCAGAUUCCUUACGUGACCUAUGACGAGGACUACGAGCAGCUGGUGGAAGACAUCGUGCGGGACGGGCGACUCUAUGCCUCAGAGAACCACCAGGAGAUUCUAAAGGACAAGAAGCUGAUCCAGGCGUUCUUCGAGGUGCUGGCUCACCCACACAACUACUUUAAAUACACGGAGAAGCACAAGGAGAUGCUGCCCCGUUCCUUCAUCAAGCUGCUGCGAUCCAAGGUGUCCAGCUUCCUGCGGCCAUACAAAUAGCCUCUGACCCUUCCCACCCCAGCCUCGGCUCGGGGCCCUCCGGCUCCCCCCUCCCCACGUCCUCGGGCCCCCUCCUCCUCUCUACAGACUGCACCCUCCCUCGACUCCAUUUAUGCCUGACUCUAGCUCUGCCUCGCUCUGUCUGCCCACCUCUUUCCCGCUGGCCUCGGGUGGGGAGAGAGGGAGGAAGGGAGAGAGGGAAUGGAAGAGCCCAGGUAGGGCCUUGGCCUGUGGACUGCAGCCUGUGGCCCCCCAGUCUUGGCUUUUCGGGGAUCAUGGGGCCGGGAGAGGCUCGAUUUCCUUCCUGGGACCUCUGCUGAAGGUGAGAUGUCGACGGGGGCAUUGCUGGGAUCCUGUUGCCCACCCCCACUCCCUGCCUCAGCCUCCUCUCACCUCCAGCCAGGUCUGUGGGGGAUCGGUCCAGCUCUCUGACCUCCCCAUCCCUCUCCCUGGCCCGUGGCCUUGCUCUCCCCCCAUGGGGGCCUCACUCAACUGGAGGGUAGCAAGUUGAAUAGGGAGGGAUGACCAGGAGGAACCGGAGCUACUGGAGCCCUGGGGCUUCCAUUCCACCCCAGUCGGAGAGAAGCCAAACUCACGAUAGGCAGAAAAGUAUUUAGAUGGGUAGACGGCUGGGAGGCAGCAGCCAAGCCCAGGCCGAAGGCCUCCCCCGUCCCUGGGCAGCAUCGCCAGUUUUCUUUAGUGCCUCUUGCUCCCCUGGGAGCCCAGAGGGUGCCCUGGCCCCACAGGCCAUGGGCCUCCCCACAGCCCUGCCAAAGAAAAUCCUGCUCCCCUCAGGAAGGUACCUUCUGGCCCUGGUCAGUGCCGUGACUCAGAUCCCCGGGCUUUCCGGAGAGGGGCACGGAGUCGGGGCUCUUUCUCACUACCUGAGGGAGAACAUGGGUGGUGGAGAGAGGCUGGGUUCCCAGCUGGGCAUGCCUUUCCAGAGCCAGAGCGAACCCCCAGCCCGUUGUCGACCAGGCUGGCCUGAGGCCCACGGCCCCUCCUACCCUCCUUCCGCCCCGCCUGCUACCCUGUCCGGUGCCCAUUUUUAGAAUGGAUUAGGGUGCCUCUCUCUGCGGCCCUGACAAACUGGACUGUUGCCCCAUCUUCUGCCAUCCCUCAGGCCCCUCUGUCGGCCACUUCUGGCCUCUGGCCCCCCUGAGGCCUUUAGGUGGCAUGGGAGGGACCUGGGCUGAGCACAGAGGGGGCUAGGUUCGAGCUGGGGAGCAGGGGGCAGGGCCCAGAGCGAGCCGGAACCUGGAAUCAGAAGGGAAGGGAAGGCUGAGCUAUUGGAGGCCUGGGCCGUGCUGCUCUCCUCUGGAGCCCAGCCACCAGACUCAGCCGGGAGGGACCCACCCAGACCUCCGGUUCGGCACUGGCUGGUAAGUCCGGGGCCCUCGCCGAGCUCCAAGCUCCAGACCCUCUCCCCCAACCGGUGGGAGAGGGAGAGUCGGAGGGGAAUUUGGCUGGUUGCCUUCCUUUCCCUAAGAGGCGGAACAAGUUUUAGGGCAUUUCGGCUUUUCUGUCUGCUGCUCCCCCGACGCCGAGCCCCCGGGAGGGAGUGUAACAGAUGAAAACAGCAACGACGCUGAGCCGCCUUCCAAAUCUGUUACACCCCUGGAGGGGAACUAGUUUGGGGCUCCCUGUCACUGGCAGGCGGGCAAGGGUGAGGGGGUAGGGGGAGAGGGUGGCCUGCUGAUCUCUGAUACAGCUGGGCCUGGGAGCCUUGGAGCAAGUGACCUGAACAGAUUCCAGAGUUUUCCCCACGCCCGGGUCCACCCUUCUCGCCAGCAGAAGCCCAUUAAAGGUAGAAGGAGGCUGGCACAAGGGCUAGCUGAGGAGGCCCCCGCCCCCCAGGUGGGUCGUGGUAGCUGCCCCCCAGGAGCAGUCGUGGUGCCCCGGAGGAGGACUUCAUUCAUGCAAAAGAAUCGCGAAAUAUCCUGCCGGCCUUCCGCCCCUGGCCUGGGCCACCACUCCCGCACAAUCGCCAUUAACAGUGACUGUUGCAGUUCAUAAAGUUAUUUGCACUUGAAAAAAAAAAAGAAAUUGUAUCUGAACUUGUAAAAAGAAACAUUUGGAUUUUG